GUGUGUAUAAUUAAGACACUAAUUGCUUCGCUUUUCACCUACAGUUUUACUUAUUUACCUGUUUUCAUUCCAGACAGAUAUAUUAAAUCACUAAACGCUGCACUAUAUCAUUUUUUAUGGAAUUCUAAGUGGGAGCGAGUCAAAAGAAAAACACUAAUUAGUCCAAAAAUGUUGGGUGGUAUUGACAUGAUUGAUGUCCAUAGUUUUAUAAUAGCUCAAAAAAUUAAGUGGGUGGGGUUUUUAUUGGAUGAUACCAAAGUUUGUAAAUGGAAGCUUGUAGAACUUAAUUAUUUGAAGAAUCUUGAUUUCACAUCCUUGUUAAAGGGGAAUUUAUUCUGGAACUCCCAUUUUAUGAAAAAUAUUCCAUUUAUCACUAUUCGAAACAUGAUGUUAUACUGGUAUAAGUAUAAGAAUAUUGUUUUGAAUGUGCCUAUACUUAAUCAAUCGAUCUGGUACAAUAAAAAGUUGCAAUAUAGCAGAAAACCUUUUUAUAUUUCUACAUGGAAAGAACAUGGCAUUUCUGAAUUGAGACAUUUAAUUUCUCAUAAUACUUUCUAUACUUAUUUUGAGCUACUUGAAGAAUAUAGCAUGCAAUAUAAUGUUGAUGAUUAUAGAACUUAUCACAAAAUCAUAGGUAGUAUUCCUGAGGAUUGGAAUGACAUUGUGCAAUCAUAUGUUGAAAUUUGUGACUUUGAUUUUAGUGAAUUUCUUUCAACCACCACUGAAAAUUAUUCGUGCAAAAAUACCUAUAAAAUAAUAAUAAUGAAACAGUUUGUCUCUCCAAACAUGUACAAGUCCUUUUGGCAAGAAUCUUUCAAUAUUUCUAGUGUACAGUGGAAUAAAUAUUUCAUAAAUUCAUAUUCAUCAACUAUUGAGACAAAGCUGAGAUCUUUUCAAAUGAAGCUGUUUUAUAAAGCUAUAACGCUGAAUAAUGUUUUAUAUGGAUUUGGGAUAGUAGAAUCAAACUUGUGUGAAUUUUGUAAAUUACAUAUCGAAACCCUUUUGCAUUUAUUUUAUUAUUGUGAGAUAACUAGUAAAUUUUGGUCCGAGAUAGACCAGUGGAUUGUUUUUAAGACAGAUAACUUUAAUUUUGAUCUUUCCAUCAAAGAAUGUUUUAUGGGCUUUGAUGACAUUCCUGAAAUACAAUUCAUCAAUUGUGUACUAUUGGCUGCCCGCUUCUUUAUAUAUAGAUGCCGGAUCCAGAAACGAAAACCAAAUUUUGAUGUUUUUUAUAAAUUUAUUCGUGAUAUUCGUGACAACGAGAAAUAUAUAGCAAUGAAAACUAGUAAAAUCCUGAUACACAAAAGAAAGUGGCAUUUAUUUAUAUAAUAGUCGAUCAAGUG